UACUGAUUACUGUUUAUUGUUAUUGUUUUUUGAUCUCAGUUUUUACUUUUUCCCAUCAUUAUCAUUGCUAAAAAUGCUCAAUGGACUACUUGGAAAGGAGAUGAUUGUUCCCUAAAAACCUCACCUUGCAUUCGACAACAUUGAAGUCAAAGAUAUGAAGAAAAUCCAAGAAUAAGUUUCAGUCAAGUAAUGUACAUUUGCUGGUCUCCUGUAUGCUAUCUUUCAAGCAGAAUACCCAUUCUAGGAAGUUAUUACAUCCGAAACAUGAGCUUACAGAGUGAAAUACGGACAUUUGUUUUUGUAGACACUGAAACAACGGGAUUACCAUCUCUGGAAAAUAAUAAGACAAAAAUAACAGAACUUUGUUUGAUAGCAGUACAGGCAAGUCAUAUUCGAUUGGGAGUAUUUCCAAGGGUCCAGAAUAAACUUAGUUUAUGUUUCAAUCCUUGCAAACUAAUCUCUUCAGAUUCUGAAAAAAUUACAGGAUUGAGCAACCACCUUUUGGAACAUCUUUCCAACUUCACGAAAGACAGCGUGUCCUCGAUAAACAACUUUUUGAAGCACAAUCCCAAACCAAUUUGUUUCGUUGCACAUAAUGGAAACAAUUUUGACUACCCUAUUCUCCGAAGAGAAAUUAACAGAACUGAUAGUUCGUUAUCGGAUGAUAUUUUAUGUAUUGAUUCUUUGGUUACAUUCCAAGAGCUUUAUUUAGAAGACAUGCAGAAAAAAGUUGUAAAGGAUGAGGUAGAUAUUGGAGCAAACAGAGUACCUUUGGAAUUUACUGACGAAUAUGAUAAACUAUUAUUCGAUGAGCCAGAAAAACAAGACACAAAAUGCACUGACAAAAUAGCAAUAGUACAAAAAAUAAAUGAAACUACACCGAAGAAGCAAAUGAUGAUCAGCCAUUCAGAUACUUCAUCUGAAUUUUGUCAACCAUCAAAAAAAAUGAAGUUAACCCCAUCUACACCUGCUGCUAAAAGGAACCUGAGAUUCGAUGUCAGCUUCAAAUUAGGUGAUGUAUACUCCAGACUAACCAAGAAAUCUCCGCAAAAUGUUCAUCAAGCAGAGGGAGAUGUUCUUAUGCUGAUAAUGUCUGCAGCUACUAUGGGAGACAGAUUUGUUGAUUGGGCAAAUUCAAAUGCUAAGAAGUUCUAUGAUAUACCUCCAAUGGUACCUGGUAAAAAAAUUGGAACAUGAUUUUACGAGUUUUCUACUCAUUCUCGAAGUAUGAAUCUUCAUUGAAUUGCAUGCAAUUUCAUUAGAUAUUUUUGAUAUCUAGGUGCUUAUGAAUUUUACCGAUUUUACAGUUUUUAAUUUUAAAACAUGAAUCCAUUAAAAUAUAUUAUGAUCAA